UGAUUCUACUAUCUCGUGAGGUCGUUCUGAGAGAUUAUUGUAACGGCACACCAUCAUACUAGAUUCGUAUAAAAGCGCAGAAAUUUGUGUCACUGAUACUAGUGAGAUGAGAUAUCGGUGCUAUUAAAUCUCGUCAGCUUAAGCAGCGGUUGUGGCGCUGGAACCCACCGAUCGACCACUCAGCGUCUUCCAAAUCCAGAUUCUGCGUAUCACUACGGGGGCCAUACAUACCCAUACAUGCUAGCCUAUUAGGUAUCUAGUAGUGGGUGUUCAAGGGUUACAUACCGUCUAUCAGCGAGUUGCCGUUCGAUUAGAUAGGCCGUCCUUCCCCUUCUAGAAGGCCUCCAUACAUUCAUGUAGCUAGCUUUAGCGUCGACCGGGUUCAUCUAGACCACGCGAUCGCCGCGAAUGUACGAUUUGCCCUACCGAAGCUGACCUUGGAAAGGUAUUAAAAUUCCUACAUGUACCUGUCUACCUAGAAAGGUAGAUCGAUUAGCUACCUACUCGCGUCUCACUAAUGAUAAAAUCUCGUCGCGAUCUUCUUCCCUUUCUCCUCUCUUUUUUUCCGAUUUACUCGCACGUCAAGUUCGCGGGAACAUAGCGUCGUCUCCCCAUCCCCACAGUUGGGACGAGAAUAAAUUUCUCCGAGUCGGGUCGAAACUAAUAGGAAGAGAGGAUCAAAGAAGAAGACAAGAAGGAAAUUUUUACCACGAAGGUUCUGCAGUUUGCGACGCCGAUUCGAUGACUGUUUCCGAGACGAAGGGCCUCUCCGGCCACAAUGCUUCGCCUCAAGAAGGUGUAGCUCCUAACCCUGAUCCCGUUCUUGAGUUUGCGAACGAGCACCACCAUGCGCACCUGCAUCAUGGUGGAUUGGCCGCAAAUCCCGCCAAUCAUCCCGACGAGGUCGUUUAUUCCACUUCUUCGCCGCAAAAGAGUUUGGAUAAGCCACAUGACUAUUCUGCCGCAGAAAAGUCUGUGACCGAUGAGGAGAGUGGAAAUAUCGGCCACAUUGGAGGCGACGGGAGUGAAAAGCGUCCUAGCAUCCUCUCGCGGUACUACCGGAAAUAUAGGGCUUAUGUUCACCUUUUUAUCUGGCUCGUAUUCACCGCUUGGUGGAUCUUCGGCCUCGUUCGUUACCGGAAUGAGAAGAACUGGUUGAUCCCGUUUCUGCUGUAUCUCGCCAUCACUCUUCGCAUCAUCUUCCUCUGGGUCCCGGUUAAAUACGUCAUGAUGCCCGUCAAAUUCGUCUGGCGACAUACCGCUUUCAGGGUUUAUGAAAUGCUUCCGGCGAAGCUUCAUCGACCGCUGGCCGCUCUUGUCACUAUCGCAGUCUUCUUAAUUGGCUCCAUGGUGCCCGAGGAGGAAGGCGAGAAUACUCGCGCCCGCCGAGCGCAAUCCCUGUUCGGACUCGUUGUCAUGAUCUUCGUCUUGACAAUAAGCUCAAGGAACUGGAGACAGAUUCCUUGGCACACAGUCAUCGGCGGAAUGUUGACCCAGUUCAUCGUCGCCGUCUUUGUCUUGCGAACACAAGCCGGUUACGAUAUUUUCAACUUCAUCUCCACGCUAGCUCGACUCUUACUAGGUUUCGCCAACGACGGUGUCACAUUCCUGACGAAUAGCUCGGUGCCUAAGCUGGGUUGGUUCUUUACCGGCGUUAUACCUCCCAUCAUCUUCUUCGUCGCCCUUGUGGCCCUCUGCUAUCACGUUGGCCUUAUCCAGUGGUUCGUCUCGAAGUUUGCCGUAUUCUUCUUCUGGACUCUCCGCGUCUCGGGUGCCGAGGCUGUGGUCGCCUCUGCCACGCCGUUCAUCGGACAGGGAGAAUCGGCUAUGUUAGUGCGUCCUUUCGUGCCUCACAUGACUUUGGCCGAGAUCCAUCAGGUUAUGACGUGCGGUUUCGCUACCAUUGCUGGUUCCGUGCUUGUGGCUUAUAUCGGACUCGGUAUCAAUCCACAGGCGCUCGUUUCAUCCUGUAUCAUGUCGAUUCCUGCGUCCUUAGCUGUGUCGAAAAUGCGAUGGCCGGAGACCGAAGAGACGCUUACUUCCGGUCGUGUUGUGGUCCCAGACGAUGAAGAGCAUAGAGCUGCGAAUGCUUUACACGCUUUCGCUAACGGUGCCUGGCUUGGUUUGAAGAUUGCCGGUAUGAUUGUGGCUACUCUUCUCUGCAUCAUCGCCUUCGUCGCCCUUGCCAAUGGUCUCCUUACUUGGUGGGGUGGCUACUGGGGUAUUUCGAACCCCGACUUAACCAUCCAGUUCAUCCUCGGCUACUGUUUCUACCCUCUUUCGUGGUUACUCGGUGUGCCCAACGAUGAUCUGCUGCCCGUCGGAGAACUCAUCGGACAGAAGAUUAUCAUCAACGAAUUCGCCGCUUUUGGUGCCCUCCAGUCCGACGAUCGCUAUAAGUCAAUGUCCGAACGAGCUAAGCUUAUUGCUACAUAUGCCUGCUGCGGUUUUGGAAAUGUCGGUUCUCUCGGUACUCAAAUCGGUGUCUUGUCGCAGCUCGCGCCUAGCCGUGCCGGCGACGUGUCUAAAGUUGCCAUCUCUGCUUUGAUCUCCGGUAUCAUCUCGACUCUUACCUCCGCUAGCGUUGCCGGUAUGCUGUACACGGACUCUAUAGGGUCUGCUUCUUACGCGUGACGAUAGAGGAUGACGGGUUGGGCGGAUGCCGUAUAGAUACUUCAAUGAAAGAUUAAUGAAUGUGUAGAUGAAAUAAAUACCCGAUUUUACUUUAAA